GAUCCAGAUACUGGAUACAAGUCCACACUCAUCGACAAAUCAGCAGCCUGACCAUUUAACAUCGACCACUCCAGAUUUGCAAGGAGCGGCGAAGUUCGUGCGAAGCGAGACGUAGCACCCGAUGACGAUGCUGGGACUUGGCACCGUCCUUCAACGACCUAGCACCAGCAGCAGCAUCUCCGUGCAGACAGUCUCCCCCCGCACACCACGGCGCUUGGCAUGCCGGGUGCAGCCCUGCGCUGCUCUCGUGACUGACACACCGCGCCCCAAGACGCUUGGGACCUCGAGUGGAAAUGGCAAAGUUGGUGAGAAUGGACCCACCAUCAUCAAUGGACAGACGUUGCACAGCAUCUCAGCGCACCAGCUGGACCUGCUGCGUUCCAUGGACAAGUAUAUGGAGUCGUCAGUCCUGCCCAUCCUGAAGGAUGUCAACGCCUGCUGGCAGCCAACAGACUUCCUGCCAGACUCCUCCUCCCCAGACUUUGCAGACCAGGUGGUGGAGCUGAGGAAGCGCACAGACAACCUGCCAGACGACUACCUGGUCGUGCUGGUUGGUGACAUGAUCACAGAGGAGGCGCUGCCCACCUACAUGGCCAUGCUGAACACUCUGGACGGGGUCAGGGAUGAGACCGGCGCUGCUCCCACACCCUGGGGCAGGUGGACCAGGCAAUGGACGGCGGAGGAGAACAGGCAUGGAGACCUCAUGAACAAGUACUGCUAUCUGUCCGGCCGUGUGAACAUGAAGGCUGUGGAGAAGACAAUUCAGAACCUGAUUGGGUCAGGCAUGGACCCAAAGACACAGAACAACCCGUACUAUGGAUUUAUCUACACCUCUUUCCAGGAGCGCGCCACUAAGAUCAGCCAUGGCAACACAGCAGCGCAUGCCUCCGAGUACGGCGACAAGCAGCUCGGCCGCAUCUGCGCUGCCAUUGCUGGGGAUGAGGCGCGCCACGAGAAGGCCUACAUCAAAAUGACAGACGAGAUCUUCCGACUGGAUCCGAGCGGGUCCAUGAUCGCGUUCUCAGACAUGAUGCGCAAGCAGAUUGUCAUGCCAGCCCACCUCAUGGACGACAACGAGCACAGCUCCAAGAACGGCCGCAACCUGUUCAAGGACUUCUCGGCCGUUGCCCAGGCCACCGGCACCUACACCGGAAAGGAUUAUGUGGACAUCAUGGAGUUCCUGAUGAAGCACUGGAAGAUCGCAGAGCUGCAGGGGCUGACGCCGGAGGCCCAGAAGGCGCAGGAGGACGUGCAGAGCCUGCUCACCAAGUUCAAGCGUCUCACAGAGCGCCAGGAGCGCAUCAUGAAGAGCAAGCCCGUUGUGUCCACCCAGUUCUCCUGGAUCUUCAACCGCGAGGUCCCUGUCAUCAUGGCCUGAGCGCUGCGCAGCCUCAGACAAUGCCUGGGUGCUGAAAGCCGGGCGGAGCAACUAAUGAGCGUCUUUGGAGGGCACUUCUCUACUUGGUUCUGCUGAGUACAAGCCAGGAUCGACAAGCGUUGGUGUUAAGGGAGGCAGAAUUGAUGAUUGGUGAUUGUCCAUCAAUAAAUUUAAGCUGGAUUGGAACGUUACAACAUGCGGCGGGUUUAGCAGGUCUGAAGGUAUGGGCCUGUGUCGAUAUGGCAUUUAGGAAUCAACGCAUGCCGGAGAGGAGAGGCAUGUCAGGCAGCCUCUCACCCAUUGUGUUAGGAGCGGGUAAAGGGGCAAAGAGUCCGGCAGCCCCUACAGCCUGCUGAUUGUGAGGUUCUCUAUACUGAGACAUUGGUUGCUGCGGGCGUGUGAAGACUUCGCUUUGGUAUCAGAGACAUGCACCCUCUGUACCCUCUUGGUGGUCUUGCCAGAACUUGGGCGCUGAAGCACGCAUCGUUUAGAGUAGGGCCGUGGGCUUCUAAUCUAUCGUAGUGUAGCAGUCACACAGAUACCUUGAAGGCCUUGGCAGUGGUUGUGGGGUCCCAGGUGUGGGUGCAAGCUCCAUGCAGCAAUGUGUUGGGUCACAGAGAAGGGUGCAUAUUGCAGAAGCGGUCAAGAAGAGUUCAGCUUUUCAUUUGCUAGUGUGUGAUUGAUUUAAUGAUUACACGAGGCCGGCAUCAAGAGAGAGGUGUGGUGACGCAUCAUAUUCUUUACGUGGGAUAAUUGUACAACACGAGAGAUGGAAGAAAAUGAUCGUGCUUUGCAUCGAAGAUGUGGCGCAUAUGUGUGUGAUGGAGUCAUUGUUGCUUGGGUUCAACAGAUGUGGAUCCGCCUAAUAUUGCCUCAAAUGUCAUACUUCCAGCAGUCUUGAGUUGGCGCAUGCGCACCUUGAUUGUUUCAUUGGAAUUGCGGAUAGGUGGAAGGCUGUCUGAUGGUUAGAUGACAUGCUUGUAGCAUUCGUUCUACAGGGUUUGUUUUACAAGAGACUGCAUUGGCCAUAUGAGCAGUGACGUUGCGGGUUGUCUAGGAAGCUAGGGCUGUCUGCAUAUUUGCCUGUUCAUGAGGAGUAUGAUAGCUUCUUGCCGUCACGAGCCUAGAAUGUGCAGUAAUGCGCUUGCAAUUAGGUAGGGCACAUCCAAAAGGCAGGAUAGUGCUGUCAGCGUGUUUGCGCGCAUUUCCUUUCAAUCAGCAGCUCUUGUAACAUACUCUUGCUUUCGAAUGACUGGUCCCCAGAAGAGUACCAGUAAAGCCAGCAUUGAAAGCAGCAGGCAUGCAUGCAAGUAAGCAAGCGUUGCUCUGCUCUUCCGGCAUGCAUGUAGAUGGUAAGACCACAAGCAGCAAAGAUGCAGACUCACCGCUGUAGCCUCGGAGGUUUGCCCACAUGGAAGAGUGACAGAUCUGUGCCGCUCAAAAAAAUCAGCUGAAUUUCUGACUGUCAAGAGUCUCUGGCUGGUGCUGUCAGGGUCGCAGGGAUGCUGCAGCAUGAGACUUCUGCAGAUUGAUCAGACAGAUCACCCAAUAUUGGAAGCAGCAUACACAAACUGAUUGUAGUCGAGAGUGAUGCGCCCCUGCUGCUGGGCAUCAAAGGCCUGAAACGUGGCUGUGGCGCUCUGCAGGAAUACUGCCAUCGCCACGAGCUCUGCUAUGUCACUGCUUCCGGACCGGUCUGGGUCAUAGGCUGUAAACAAUGCUUCAAAGGCUGGUGUAUCAAGCCGGUAUCCGAUGCUCUGCAGUAGUUGUGCAACCGCUUUCUUGUCUAUUCUGCCCCUUCUUGAGGUGUCACACUGCUGAAAUCUCUGCUGCAGGUCCAUGAUGAAGUGGUUGAGAGUUCUGAAUUCGUUGAAGCUUAUCGUGCCGGUGUUGUCUCUGUCGUGCAAUCUAAUCAGAGCUGCGCAGACCUUCAGAGAAAAGUUCAUGCCUCCAAGACCUAGAGCCCUCUGCAAUUCCUCGCUAGUGAGAGCUCCAUUCCGAUCUGUGUCGAUAGCACCAAACCACUGUUGAAUCUGGGCAUCCGCCAUCUCUCCCGGUUGACAAAAGUAUCAGUAGAUGCAGAACAUAAGAACGGUGGCGGAGGAAGGCUAAAACAUGAAAUCUUUGAUACACUUAAAAUAUGUCCUGACAAAAGUUUGAGGAGACAGAACAG